AUAAAGGAAACUGGGAUUUAGAUAGAGAGUAUAGGAUAACCAGUUCGGAAACAAAUGGGGGAAACUGAAGGAAACUGUUGCAGUAACAGUAGUAACAAUCCCAUGUUAUCAACGGAGGAAGCACUUAAAAUUGUGAUUAAAAUCUCUGAUCGUCUUCAUCCCAUUACUGUUCCAAUUCAUGAAUCGCUUAAUAGAAUCUUAGCUGAAGAUAUUCGUGCUCCUGAUCCUUUACCCCCUUAUCGUGCUUCCAUUAAGGAUGGUUAUGCUGUAGUUGCUUCAGAUGGGAUUGGAGAGUAUCCUGUAAUAACUGAAUCAAGAGCUGGAAAUGAUGGAGUUGGUGUUACUGUUACCCCUAAAACUGUUGCGUAUGUGACAACCGGAGGACCCGUACCAGACGGGGCUGAUGCUGUUGUACAAGUUGAAGAUACGGAAGAAGUGAAAGAUGCUCCAAGUGAAUCAAAACUUGUAAGGAUACUGGUGCAAGCUCGGCAAGGCCAAGAUAUUCGACCAGUGGGAUGUGAUAUUGAGAAGGGCGCUAUAGUACUAAAAUCUGGAGAACUAAUUGGGACGUCGGAAAUUGGCUUACUCGCAACUGUUGGAGUCAUGAUGGUGAAGGUAUAUCCUAGCCCAACAAUUGCAGUUCUUUCCACUGGGGAUGAGCUUGUAGAACCGACAACUGGGAGUUUAUGUCGUGGACAGAUCAGAGAUUCCAACCGCGCAAUGCUAAUGGCAGCUGCAGCACAACAGCACUGCAAAGUGCUUGACCUAGGUAUUGCUCGUGAUGAUGAGGAACAUCUAGAAAAAAUUGUGGAAAAAGCCAUUUCUGCCGGGGUUGAUAUUCUUUUAACUUCCGGAGGUGUUUCUAUGGGAGACAGGGAUUAUGUCAAACCAUUGCUGGAAAAGAGAGGGACAGUUCAUUUUAACAGGGUUCUCAUGAAACCCGGAAAGCCCAUUACCUUUGCCGAGAUUAUUGCCAAAUCGGUAGAGGAAAAGGCAGGCAAAAGAAUUCUUGUAUUUGGUUUACCUGGAAAUCCCGUGAGCUGUUUAGUCUGUUUUUAUCUCUUUGCUGUUCCCUCCAUUCGCCAUAGUUCUGGAUGGGAAAAUCCUGAUCUUUUGAGGGUACAUGCUUGCCUUUCUCAUCCCAUUAAGACAGAUCCAGCUCGACCUGAAUUUCAUCGUGCAGUUAUUAGGUGGACCAAAAAUGAUGGUUCUGGGAAUCCGGGUUUUGUUGCGGAGAGCACUGGGCAUCAGAUGAGCAGUCGGCUGCUAAGUAUGAAAUCGGCUAAUGCAUUGCUGAUGUUGCCUGCAAGAAGUGGUGUGCUUUCUGCUGGAAACUCUGUAGAGGCCAUCGUUAUAUCUGAUAUAAGCAGUCUUCCUGUUAAUAGCACUUCAACAACAGUUGGUCUGCUUCCUGUUUUUGGUAGUAAUAAAGCAAAUGUACAAACUAUGGCUGAAUCUGAAGGUGCUGAGGUUAGAGUAGCUAUUCUCACAGUGAGUGAUACAGUUGCAUCAGGGAAGGGGCCCGACCGAAGUGGUCCGAGAGCCGUUUCAGUGAUAAACUCCCUGUCAGAAAGGUUAGGAGGAGCAAAGGUAGUUUCAACAGCUGUGGUUCCAGAUGAAGUUACCGAAAUUCAGAAUGUCCUUCGGAAAUGGAGUGACAUUGACAAUGUUAGUCUUAUCCUAACCCUUGGUGGCACCGGUUGCACCCCAAGAGAUGUCACUCCUGAGGCUACAAAAAGUCUGAUAGAGAAAGACACGCCUGGUCUUUUGCACGUUAUGAUGCAAGAAAGUCUCAAGGUGACACCAUUUGCUAUGCUUUCCCGUUCUGCGGCUGGAAUAAGAGGAUCAACUCUGAUUAUCAACAUGCCAGGGAAUCCAAAUGCGGUAGCUGAGUGCAUGGAUGCUUUGAUGCCUGCCCUAAAACACGCAAUGAAGCAGAUAAAGGGCGACAAGAGAGAGAAAAAUCCUCGACAUGUACCCCAUGCAGAGGCAGAAACCGCUGAUACUUGGGAACAGAGCUACCGUUUGGCUUCAGGAAAUUCAGAACCUCAAUGUUCGUGUUCACAUUGAGAUAGAUAAGAAAAAAAGGAACAAAGUCUCUCUGUAAAGAUAGAUAAGAAAAAAAAAAAAAUCAAAAGAAGACCCUAGAAAAUAAUAUUCCUACUUUCCGUAUCAUGUCAGUAGAAUCUCAAACAUGCAUUGCCUAAUUGACUAAUGUUUUCCUUUUCGAAUAUCACUGGAAGGAAUUUGUCUUUG